UAUUGCCCUUUUAAGCGCGGGUGGCGCAGGGAAGGCCGCUGGUCACGUGGGAGCUGGUGGGGGCGUGGCACCAGGAAGCGGCCUGGCCGCCGCCUCCGCCAGGACCUACCUAGCAGCGCCCAUCCCGCUGCCCCGCCGCCUCCGCUACCGCCUGGGCCGCCCCACCGCCCCGACACCCCAGCUCCACGCUGGCCGCCGCUGGGUUCCCCGCCGCCGCGGAGGCGCCCGCCAUGGGCGAGGAGGACUACUACCUGGAGCUGUGCGAGCGGCCGGUGCAGUUCGAGAAGGCGAACCCAGUCAACUGCGUAUUCUUCGACGAGGCCAACAAGCAGGUCUUUGCUGUCCGAUCCGGUGGAGCCACUGGGGUGGUAGUUAAAGGCCCAGAGGACAGGAGUCCCAUCUCCUUUAGGAUGGAAGACAAAGGAGAAGUGAAGUGCAUUAAAUUUUCCUUAGAAAAUAAAAUACUGGCUGUUCAGAGGACCUCAAAGACUGUGGAUUUCUCUAAUUUUAUCCCAGAUAGUUCUCAGCUGGAAUACACUCAAGAGUGUAAGACUAAGAAUGCCAACAUACUAGGAUUCUGCUGGACCAGUUCUACUGAAAUUGUUUUCAUAACAGAUCAAGGGAUAGAAUUUUACCAGGUAUCACCAGAGAAACGCAGUCUGAAACUUCUGAAGAGCCAGAAUAUCAAUGUGAAUUGGUAUAUGUACUGCCCUGAGAGCACGGUCAUCCUGCUGUCCACGACUGUCCUUGGAAAUGUGCUGCAGCCCUUUCAUUUUCGGGCUGGCACUAUGUCGAAGCUGCCCAAAUUUGAGAUUGAAUUACCAGCUGCACCCAAGUCAACUAAAGUGAAUCUUUCUGAGAGAGACAUCGCCAUGGCAACCAUAUAUGCACAGCUGUAUGUUCUCUUCCUGAGGCACCAUUCUCGGACCUCCAACAGCACAGGAGCAGAGGUGGUCCUCUACCACCUUCCACGAGAAGGUGCCUGUAAAAAGAUGCACAUACUAAAAUUAAAUCGGACAGGGAAGUUUGCUCUCAACGUUGUGGAUAAUCUGGUGGUUGUUCAUCAUCAAGACACUGAGACUUCAGUAAUAUUCGACAUCAAGUUAAGGGGAGAGUCUGACGGCACUGUGACCUUCCACCACCCAGUCCUUCCAGCUCGAUCCAUCCAGCCCUAUCAGAUCCCCGUGGCAGGUCCUGCUCCGGUGACCAGCCAGUCUCCUGUCCCGUGUAAGCUCUAUUCUUCAUCCUGGAUUGUCUUUCAGCCUGACAUCAUCAUCAGUGCAAGCCAAGGUUACCUCUGGAACCUCCAAGUGAAACUUCAGCCCAUAGUAAACCUCUUGCCAGAUAAAGGAAGACUUAUGGACUUUCUCCUCCAGAGAAAGGAGUGCAAAAUGGUCAUUUUGUCUGUCUGUUCACAAAUGUUGACUGAGUCAGACAGAGCAACGUUGCCUGUGAUAGCCACUGUGUUCGACAAACUCAAUCAUGAGUAUAAAAAGUACUUAGAUGCUGAGCAGAGUUAUACAAUGGCAGUGGAAACAGGGCAAAGCCGGAGCAGCCCCCUUCUCAAGAGGCCUGUACGGACACAGGCUGUGGUUGACCAGUCUGACAUGUACACACAUGUCCUAUCCGUGUUCACAGAAAAGAAGGAGAUGCCUCAUAAAUUUGUGAUUUCCGUGCUGAUGGAAUAUAUCCGUUCUCUUAACCAGUUUCAGAUUGCAGUACAGCACUACUUACAUGAACUUGUGAUCAAGACGCUGGUCCAGCACAACCUGUUCUACAUGCUACACCAGUUCCUGCAGUACCAUGUCCUCAGCGACUCGAAGCCUUUGGCUUGCCUGCUGUUAUCCUUAGAGAGUUUCUACCCUCCUGCCCAUCAGCUGUCUCUGGACAUGUUGAAGAGACUUUCCACAGCAAAUGAUGAAAUAGUAGAGGUUCUUCUUUCCAAACACCAAGUGUUGGCAGCUUUAAGGUUUAUCCGGGGUAUCGGUGGCCACGACAACAUUUCCGCACGAAAAUUUCUAGAUGCUGCGAAGCAGACUGAAGACAAAAUGCUUUUCUACACUAUAUUUCGUUUUUUUGAACAGCGAAACCAGAGACUGCGAGGAAACCCUAGUUUUACACCAGGGUUAUUAUCACUGGAGCUCGGUGCUGACACUAUGAACCCACUGUCCCAUUUUAUUGGACAAGACAGAGAGAAGUUGAGAGAGGAGGUGAGAAAGACCUGCAGACCUGCUUCACCGCUUGUGAGACGACCUCCCUGCAGAUGGACUGGACAGGGCUGAGGAGUGGGGAAGACCACCUUUCCCACGCUCCCGUUUCUUCUGCCUGUGCCCUCACCCAGCAUCCUAGCACAAAGUAAAGGAAACU